UCUCCCUGCAGAGAAUCGAAUCAUGGUUCACUCGACUUGAAGCAUUCUUCGGGAUCAAUAACUUUGGAAAGAUGAACCAAGACCAACGCGACAACACAAAAUUCAACAUAGCAGUCAUGUAUAUGGAUGAACGUCUUCACGAGCAAGCAUUUAAUGUCGUACGGAACCCACCUGCUAAGUGUAAGUACGAAGCGUUACGCACGACAAUUUUGAGCAAAUUUUUCGUUUCGCCGAUUGCCCGCCUGGAGCAGUUGACUUCCGGUAUUCAACUGGGCGACAAAAAGCCAAGUCAUAUGUUAACUCAACUUCAGCGAACUGGAGUUACAUCCGACAAGCAACUCAUCAAAGAUUUUUGGCUGCAAAAGUUACCUGUAUCAGCACGGGCAGUCAUCACCGGCAUAGACAAGGGUAAUCCAGAAAUGACGCUGGAACAACUAGCGUCAAUAGCUGACAAGAUAAUUGACGUAGUACGCGCGAACUCAGUGGAUGCAGUCACUGCCCGCAACCCCCAAGACCAGACCGUGCAUAACACGACAACGCCUUGUGGUAGCAAUUCGUCGAUCGAAAGCCGAAUUGAACGCAUUGAACGGGCUCUUUCACGCAUCGAUACGAGCACUAAGCUGGAUAGCAAUCGCAGAUCUCGUUCUCACAGUCGUAACAAAGGCGCCAUGCGCACAUCGUCCAACUCCCAGCAAGUUAUCUGUUGGUACCACAAGCGAUUCGGCGACCAAGCGCAGAAAUGUAAUUCACCAUGCAACUAUAAAUCAACAAAAAACUAAUGCCGUCGGCCGCAUCAUCGCACCAACAAGGCUGCAUUAAUCCCAGUAGUACAACUCACAGACUUUUUAUCUUCGAUCGCAAAUCAAACCAGAGAUUUUUAAUCGAUACUGGUGCUGACAUAUCGGUCGUUAAUGCACAUACUACUACGCGUUCGCCCAUAGCGCAAUCAACACCUCAAUUGUUCGCUGCCAACAAUACCCAAAUCAAGACAUUUGGUACUAUACGCCUAAAUAUUGACUUAGGACUCCGAAGGUCAUUCGAAUGGACGUUUAUCGCGGCCGAAACCAAGCACAACAUUAUAGGAGCUGAUUUUUUAAGCAAAUUCAACAUCCUGGUAGAUAUUCACAAUUCUCAUUUUAUCGAAACAGAAGGCCAACCUGUAUUUUCCAGACCACGAAGGUUAACACCAGACAAAUACCAAGCAGUUAAGGAGGAGUUCCAAUAUCUCAUGAAGCUUGGCGUUUGUCGACCGUUAAAGAGCUCUUACGCCUCGCCUCUCCACGUCGUGCGAAAAGCUGAUAAUUCUUGGCGACCCUGUGGCGAUUACAGGGCACUCAAUGCGCAGACACUACCCGACCGUUACCCGCUGCCACACAUUCAGGAUUUCACCUGCUACUUACACGGUAAAUCGAUUUUU